AUGGCAGCGUCAACAAGAGAGAAGUUCGAUGCAGCAGUAAACGUGAUAAAAAGUUUACCAAAAAAUGGCAGUUUCCAGCCAUCCCAAGAACUCAUGCUGUUGUUUUAUGGAUAUUACAAGCAAUCCACAGAGGGGCCGUGUAAUUUACCUAAGCCUUCCUUUUGGGAAGUUGUGAAGAAGGCCAAAUGGGAUGCAUGGAGUAAACUUGGGGAGAUGAGUAGAGAGGAGGCUAUGAUGAGCUAUGUAGAAGAACUUAAAAAGAUUAUUGAGACCAUGCCUCAAACACAGAUGGUGGCAGAGUUCAUGGAAACAUUGGGCACAUUCUAUGAACUUGUAGAAGAAAAGCCAUUGUACAAUGGCAAUGGUAGAAAUUCUGAUGACGAGGAGGAUGAGCAGUUGGGGAAUCACAACGAUGUGAGGAAUUUUUCCAGAGACCUGAGUUUACAGUUGGCCACAGUAGAAGAGGAGCUGAGAUCUGAAGGACUGGAUCCUGACAGGGACGUUGCAGAGACAGAUCUCAUCCAUAUUCCAGUAAAAUCUCACAUUGCUCAGCCUUCAGAUUUUAACACAGGGCAAUCAGUCAGGAUUAAUGGAGAUGUUCACUUGUCUGAAAAUGGGCAAGUUAAUGCAAAUGGGGAUGACAGCAGUAAAGAUAACACACACAGUGAGAGCACAAGUAAAGAAGCUAGUGAAAGUACAAGUAAGGAGACGAGUGAAGACACAAGUAAAGAGACGAGUCAGAGCACAGAGCAGGAUGACAGUGAAAGUGAGGGGGAGGAAUUCUGUGACUCCACAGACCAAAUUCAAGUCACGAGCAACCAGGUUCCAGCAAGAGAGCCACUUAUUGCAGGUUCCUGCUCAACCCCUUUAAAAGCCCCUCGAAUAUCAGAAGGAUUUAACCGCAGAAACAGACUGCCCAUGUCACCUAUAGGAUUUUCUCAGUCUGGCAGACUGACCAGCAGUUAUCUCCCCUUCAGUCCUGCUGUCCCUCGCCUGUCCCACCUCAGACAGGCCCAGCUGUCAGACAGCCUGGCUGUGAACACCCCUGGGGAUGAAUCUCUGAACACUGAUCUAUCCCAGAUGCUGUCCCUCACCCAACCAGACAGGAGUUCACUUGAGGACCCACCUCAGACCAUGGAGACAGAGAGUAGACUUGGGUACAUAACCAGUCGUGGCGGUGGUGACAUAACGAUGGGACAUCGGGCAGGGUACCACCUCUCCCGUCAGGGCACAGCGCCAGGCCUGGAUGGCACAGGCUAUUCAUCAUCUGACAUGUCCAGUAGUAGACGUGGCUUGUUCAGACAGCCCGGGGCUGGAGGAGGGGGAGGAAGUGAUGAUAACUGGCAGACCCCUCUGAGAGCUGACCUCAGUGAGCAGAUUGCUCUUGCUCUCCUUCGUCUACAGCAGGACAUGAACAGUGUGAUUGCUCGUCUGGAUUCUCUGGAGCGGGCAUCUCAGCAGCGCAAUAGGCAAACCAUGUGGUGGCCCUUCCCAAAUUUAUCCGGCAAGUCAGUAUUUUUUAUGCUGGUGUGGCCAUUUGUUGUCCAUUGGCUACUAAAUGCUAUCAAACAAAGGAGAAGGUAUGAUAGAUGAUCAGUGAAGCAUCCCGGAUGGAGACCUGUGUGUUUGUGUGUGAGAGAGACGGACAGCAGGAAAUCAGAAUGGGUGCAGCUCAAGAUAGGAAUCAUUGUAAAUAUAUUUAUGGUAUACACAUAUGUUAACAGUAAAUCAUCUGUAAUUCCAUUGAAUUGUUCAACAACUAAUCACCUUGCUGUACUAAGUUGGUGAAAGCAGUUAGGUGAGAUAUGAUGUGAUUAACAGUAAAUAACAUGAAACCCUUACAUGAUUAUUUCGCUGAUACCCACGGCCAAAACUUAAACCGGACCAAUUCUGAACUGGUUCAAAUCUAAACCAACUGUAGAAAUGCGUGCGUUCACACCACAAUAUGGUCAAGUUGGUUUUAAGCCAAAUUCACUUUUGCAAGUUAGUCCAGCUUAACUUUGCACGUGUGAACAGGUUAUACUAAUCGCACUUCUAUAAUAUGCUUUGUAUGGCAGGGCAAUAAGUUAGUCCGGCUUAACUUUGCACGUGUGAACAGGUUAUACUAAUCGCACUUCUAUAAUAUGCUUUGUAUGGCAGGGCAAUAAGUUAGUCCGGCUUAACUUUGCACGUGUGAACAGGUUAUACUAUUCGCACUUCUAUAAUAUGCUUUGUAUGGCAGGGCAAUAAGUUAGUCCGGCUUAACUUUGCACGUGUGAACAGGUUAUACUAUUCACACUUCUAUAAUAUGCUUUGUAUGGCAGGGCAAUAAGUUGGUGAAAAAUUUCAUGGAAUUAUGUUUACGUUUUUUGUAAGUCUUUUCAUGAAAAUGUUUUUUUGUUGUUGUUAAUGUACAGAUCUAAUGGGCACAUAUAAAAAUUACAUUAAAACAUGUAUAAUAUGCACAGAUAAAAGUUUAAGAUUCACAUGUAAAACCAGUACAAAAAGAGAAAAGCAGCACACAUGAAGGAGUGUAUGAAUGAAGCAGUGUAUGAAUGAAGCAUGUAUAUGUGAAUGAAUUUUUAAUCAAUCUUACGAAUUUUAGAUUGUUUUUGUUUCUCACUGUUUUUAAAGCGCAACUGAAGUAUGUGUAAUGGGAAGAAGUUGUUUGUUAUUUUGUAUACAUCUACAACAACAGAUACCUGCCGUCCAUUUCUGCAGUUGUAGGGUAUUUGAGACUCGGAAAUAAGCCCUAUCAUCUGUGUAACAGAACAUUUGCAUUGUUUGUCGUGGUAAUUACAUACACUUCACCUUUGUAUAAGAGCAAAAAGUCGAGCGUAUGACAUAAAGCAACAAACAAAGUAAAUGAAUGCUUACACACUUUCAUAAUGAAUCCAAUUUAAGAAAGAUAUUGUUAUUUUCAGUCUUGGUAUAUUCCAUAACUGAAAAUGUAUGAAGGUUGGAAAAAUUUAUGCGUAGAGUGACGCGAAAGUAUUGUACGUGUGAAGACUUAGUACUGUAUCUGUAGUGAGGCAAGGAUAGCAUACUUACAUGAUCCCAUCCAAAUUUGUGAAUGGUGAUUAUAUGAUAAAUUAAUGUCAGUUUUGUGGUCUGCAUUUAAGAUUUCAAUGAUAAGAGGAAAAUCCUCUGUCCUUAAACUGAAGUCUUCUUCCUUGCAAUGAAAAACAUCUAAGGGCAUGACACUAAGGGAAUAAUGAUUUCUAGGUGUAUCAGUAUUGUCAUCUUACGUGUGUUUUUUUUUUUUAGCAUAUUAAAAUAUGUGAGACGUCUGUAUCUUUCGUUUUCAUUUUAGAUAAAUAUAUUUCAAAAUCCAUAGUGUUCUGUGAAUAACAGGAAGUUUAAGUCUCUCUCAUGUAAAACAAACUUCUCAAUGCAUAGACGUGCAUGUAGGAAGAAAGGUAUGUUUUAAAAAUAUGAGCAGUAUUUUUGGUCAGUGUGAUUCGAUUUGUUCUCUCAAAAAUUCGUCUUAAUGUCUGCGAUCAUCUCUGUGAUGCUGCUAUGAAAUGUAAAAUUUAUAACUGUUCAUAAACAUUGUAUUUAUGUGUUAGUAUACAUAACAUGUCUUUGCAUUUACAAAGCACUGUAUUGGUGACUGAAUAAAUUUUAUCUGUGAUAAAUUUUAAA